GAGUGGGUCGAACUUUUUUAGUUCGUAACGCCUCUGUUCAUGCAAUCCCAAGCCAUCGAGUCACCCACCCAUUGUCCAUUUAAACGACGCUCUCGUCGACCAAAUCUGAACUAUCACCACAUCGCUCGAUCUCUUUCUCUCCCUCCCUUCCUCACUCUCUCUCUCUUUCUAUCUCUAUCUCUCUUUCUCUUUCUCUCUCUCCCUACGACUCUAUCUCUCCUCUUUCCAAUCCUCCCCUGUUUCUAUUACAGAGUAACAGAGUGAAGAAACCAUGGUGGUCUUGUCUAAGCCAUGUCUCGACCAGUUUCCUCUGGUAAAGGCCUGCAGACCAUCUAUCUUCUUCCCUGGGAUUCCAGUGAUAGACCUCUCGAAGCCAGACGCUAAGACCCUCCUGGUUAAGGCCUGUCAAGAAUUUGGGUUCUUCAAGAUAAUUAACCAUGGUGUUCCAAUGGACUUCGUCUCCAGAUUGGAAUCCGAAGCCAUCAAGUUCUUCUCCCUGCCCCAGUCUGAGAAAGAAAAUGGAGGGCCUCCUGACCCAUUUGGGUAUGGAAACAGGAGAAUUGGACCAAACGGGGAUGUCGGUUGGGUUGAAUAUCUUCUCUUCAAUACCAACCCUGAAUCCAUUUUCCAGAGAUGUCUUACCGUUUUCAGAGAGAACCCAGAAAUAUUCUGCUCUGCUGUCAAUGAUUAUAUUGCAGCUGUCAAGAAGAUGGCUUGCCAUGUCCUCGAAUUACUGGCUGAAGGGCUGAUGAUUCAGCCGAGGAAUGUGUUCAGUAAGCUUUUGAUGGAUGAAAACAGCGACUCCGUCUUCAGGCUCAAUCACUACCCUCCAUGUCCAGAGCUUCAGGAGCUGAGUGGUCAAAACUUAAUUGGAUUUGGGGAGCACACAGACCCACAGGUUAUAUCGAUUCUACGCUCCAACAACGCGUCAGGUCUGCAAAUCUCUUUGCGAGAUGGGAGUUGGGUCUCUGUCCCACCUGAUCAGACCUCCUUCUUCAUCAAUGUUGGUGAUUCCCUGCAGGUUAUGACCAAUGGGAGAUUCAGAAGUGUGAAGCACAGAGUAUUGGCCAACAGCCCGAAAUCUAGGGUUUCCAUGAUUUUCUUUGGAGGACCACCUCUGAAUGAGAGAAUAGCUCCCUUGGCAUCACUCAUGAAAGAAGGAGAGGAGAGCUUGUAUGAAGAGUUCACAUGGUCUGAAUAUAAACAAUCUGCUUAUAAGUCGAGGUUGGCCGAUAAUAGGCUUGGCAACUUCAUGAAGAAAAUGGGGUCAGAUAAUGUACUCAAGUCCCCGUUUUAGGAAAACUUGUAUUGGUCAAAAUGGGUUGAACUCGUUGACCCAAGUAGCCAAAGAUAGAAAAAAAAAUAGGUUUUUUAUUUUUAUUUGUAUUUUAUUUUCUUUAUUUUCUCCUUUUUUCAUGUAAUUUUUAUUUUUCUAAUUCCAUGUAACUACCUUUUUUUCCAUGAAUAGAUAGAAUUUUAUCACCAGAA